AUGUCCAACGCACUCGACUCCUUCCAGCACGUCCACGAUGGGCCCCUGGACCUCCGGGUUGAGGAUUACCUCGACGACAAGCUCCAGUCCACAACCGACCUCGACACCCUCGAUGAGCUUCUUGCCAAGGUAGAGCUCCAGCAGAGCCAACUACAAUCCCAGCUCGACAACGCCACGAAAGAACUCGAAGAUGCCAAACGCACGGCCAGCGAGCGCCAGGACUCGCUCUCCUCGCAGAUCCAAGAGUUUCAAGACCUCCAACACAGCAUCGACGCGCGUCUAAAAAUUGCCACGGCCUCUGACGCCCCGAGCGAAGCCAUCACACGCUUGCAGGUCCCCAUGAAGAAACUCCGAGCCGUGAAGAUUGCCCAGAAAUACCUCGAGCUUCUCCAGGAUGUCGACCAUCUACGCGCCGAGGCUCGGUCCCACUUGCCUGAAAGCCCCAAGGCUGCUCUCGAGCCGUACACGAAGCUGAGGAAGCUCGCCAUCCGACUCCGGGAGCUCCAGGAACCUGCCGACUAUGCGGCGGUGCACCUGGUCACCCACGUUACGGUCGUUACCGACAUGCUUUGGGACGAGAUGAAGAAGACUAUGUCGAAGGAAAUGGAUGCUGUCCUGCAGGCUCGCGGGUGGCCGAAUAGGAUCGACCCUGCUCAUGCCGAGAUGGAUGAGGAGUGGUUAAUCUGCUUCGACAAGCUCUUGGAUCUGCAGCUUCCGGAGUUGCUUUACACGGACUCUGUUAUUUCGCUUUUACCGUUCGACGUCAUGUGCCGCAUCUUCAUCUCCGAGUUCCGCUUCCACUUCCUUAGCGACAAACCCACAAGCAAUCCUCAAAGCAUCAACACUCACUGCUUCCCUUGGCUCUUCGCGCUCCUCCACAAAUGGGAGGAUUUCUUUAGGGACAACCUCGGACCCUCUCUCGCAGCUAAGUUCCGUGACACGCCGGCUGCGGACCGUAUGGUCUACGUCGACCCCGUUUGCGCCUUUAUCACAUCUAUGCUGCCGGUCAUGCGAGAGAAGGUGAAGGCGACGAUGCAAGAAGCUGUCCGCAGUCCAACUUUCCUGAGCAGCUUGAUGGGCCAGGUGAUGGAUUUUGACGACACGAUACGGUCCACCUUCAAUUACGACGGCGGCGAACCUCACGGCUGGGGUGGCCUUACUUCCGAAAUACUGGACGAGUGGUUUGAGCCCUGGUUCCAAGCAGAGAAGCAAUUUGCCCUCGAGAGGUUCCGCGCCAUCAUGGACUCGCCGGACGCGAGGAACAUCGACUAUAACUACGGAGGUCUCGGCAAGACGAAGCCAACAUACGGUGCCACGCGAGUUACCGACCUACUAAGAUCAGUAACAGCACAGUACCGACGAGCGCCCAAGUUCAAACAUAAGCUGCGGUUCUUGAUUGGUAUUCAAUUAGAUGUUUUGGACGAGUACCAUGAUCGUCUACGGGGCUCACUCGAGGCUUACGGAGCGAUCAAUUCUGCAGUGGGCAGGACGCUUCACGGUGUCACCAAGGACCAGUUGGCAGCUCUUGAGGGCACCGGCCAGUUUGAGACGCUAUGCAAGGUGUUUGGUAGUUCCGACCACAUUGUCGCGACCCUCACAGAUUGGAGUAAUGAAGAGUUCUUCGUCAGCCUCUGGGACCAGCUACAGUCCAGAUCCAAGGGCUCGGAGGAGCAGCGCGUAUUCUCGGGAGAGAUUAGCUAUCAAGAGGCGAAAGACAGGACGUCAACCUCUAUGGGCUCCAACACCGACGAUGGAGGCUUAUUCGACGAGACCAUUGCUGCGUACGCGUUAAGGCGUAAGACUGCGCGAGACUUCCUCGAGGCGGCACUAGUUGAGUCGCACAAUAAGGCUUUCCGCCCGUACCUCAGCCGGACACACUGGACGCCGGCGUCCGAGGAUCUUACAAUCGAUCCUAGCCAGCUUGCCAUCACGGCCCAACUAGACGAGCCGCUACAGAUUCUCAAACGUAAUCUAAACUUCCUCGUCCGGGCCUUAGGUACAGCCCCCCUCCGCCGCGUCUGGCGCCACGCCCUCGAAAAGCUCCAAGACGCCCUCUGGUCAGACAUCGUCACGAGACAGAACUUUACCGCCCUCGGCGCCGCGCAGUUUACCCGCGACCUCGAAGCCAUCUGUGUCCUAGUCGAGAAGGCCAUCCCCGGAAGUUCGGCAUCGCUCGGAACUGUUCUGGAGGGCGCCAAGCUGCUCCGACUUCCUGUCGUAGUGGCUGAGGAAGGAGCAGGAUUGAGCUUGAAGGAGGCGAGCGAUAGGGUGUUUACGGAUAAUACCGAGGCUAAGAAGGUGUUGGAGGAGCUUGAUAUUGAGAUUUUGACGCCGGCGAAUGCUCGGCAUAUCUUGCAAAGGCGGGUAGAGAAUAUUGAGUAA